CUUAGAGCGUUUUUUAGGUUCAGAAAAGCACACUCCAAAGUCCGAAGAGGCCAUUUUUUUUAAACCAAAAACUACGAUUUUAACUAACAAAUCACUGAAAAACUAUUUACCAAAAAACAGCUGAAAUACCAGACUAAAUCCAUUAUUCGGUCAAUAUUUUCCAAUGGCCUCUUAACCUUUCUCUGCCACAUAAAAUUCCUUUCAACGGCACGUUGAAAUCCUCGCAAACUCAUGGCUUCUUUUCAAGCCUCAUGGCUCUCUUCCCUCAACACCAUCUCUCCCACGAAACCUGAUAUCUUCCCCUCCAACGCUAUAAAGAACCAAUCUUUCAAACCAUUCAGAAUUUCAUUCUCACUAAACUCCGCUAACAAUGAACCUUCCCAACCCAGUUCACCAAAUUCACCGGAAACUACAUCUGAAGUAGAAACGGGUCCUGUUGACCCUGUGAAGCUCGCAUUUGCUAAAGCCAAGGAGUAUAAAAACCUAGCUCAUUCGAGCCGAAAAUUGGAACUUGAGCAAAACCCAGUAGAGGAAUCUGAUGGUAUUGCUAAUGGGAAUGGUGGGUCGGGUUUAGUUUCAGAUGGUGGUAGUGGUGAGACUAAGGAAGUUCCUGAUUCACUGAAAAUUGCAGUGGAGAAAGCCAAGGAGUAUAAGAAGAAUAAAGACACUGUAGACACAAAUUCAGGGUUGAAGGGAACGAGUGGUGGAAUCUCAGGAAAUGGAAAUGUGGAGAAAGGAGCUGAUAAGAAGAGAGAAUUGUCUGUUUCAAGCAUUGAUUUUGUGGGACUUAACUUUGCGGAUAAGAAGACGGGCAGGGGACUACCAGCUGGAUUAGUUCCGGUGUCAGACCCUUUUCCAGAAGGGGACUUGCCAGAGGUGGAGUUUAUUGUUGGGGACACCAGCAAGUUUGAAGAUGAAAAGUCGUCAAAGCCUGAGAUUCAAGGAGAUGAUGAAAAUGUUUAUAAGCCGAAGGUUUCCUCAUGGGGAGUCUUUCCUAGACCAAAUGAUAUUUCGAGAACGUUUGGUGGUGGAAGAGUUAUUAAGCCUGGGGAAGUGCUUGAAACAGAAGAAGAGAAAGCUGCUAAAGAAGCUCGUACCAGACAAUUACUAGCUGCUUACAAGAGUAAACGUGGCUUAAAUAUUGAUCCAAAGCUUAAAUCUGAGUGUGAAAAGGCAUUGAAAGAUGGUGAUGAGUUGAUGGAUGUUGGAAAGCUUAAGGAUGCACUGCCAUACUAUGAAAAGGUUAUGGAUAAAAUGAUGUUCCAGAGUGAGCUUUAUGGACUAGCUGCUUUGCAAUGGUCUAUUUGUCAAGAUUCCCUCCGUAGGUCAAAUGAGGCUCGAAUGAUGUAUGAGAAGCUCCAAUCACAUCCAAAUGCUCAAGUGAGCAAGAAAGCAAGGCAAUUCACGUUCAGCUUUCAGGCCAUGGAAAUGAUGAAGUUCACAACAAGCUCACCCUUUUCUCAGAAGAACACUGGCUACCAGAACUAUUUUGAAGCUUUCAUUGAAAAGAAAACCAACUAUACUCAAAAAGAGGUUGAAGAUGAAGUAGUUACACUCGGUCAGACAUUGCCAUAUAUAAUUUUCCUUGUUUCUCCCAUUUUUAUUGUACUACUGAUUGCUGUACAAAAGAGAAUAUGAACUUAAAAAAUAUAGAAACAUAGAGUUUACUGCUGAGAAUGAAAUACAAUCAUCAUUUAUUGUCCUUCAAAUUAUAUGUACAUGAAAAUUUGAAGGACAAGUUCUUUUUAAUGAGUUAUAUAUGUACAUAACAAGAUGGAACUACUUACCUUAUGUAAUGAUAUAAAGAAAAAUAUUACUUCUGCAAUAA